AUGGGAACAGAUAUCCAUUCUCCAACAGGAAGGGUACAAAACGAGCACUUGUGCCAUAUUCUCGGUGGCCUUGUGUUGGGCAGAAGUGAGAUCGGGAUGCUAGCAACGAAUGCAGACAUCUCAGUUGGUGAAAACGUCUCGGAGGUCCUGAAAGGAUCUACUGCAAAAUUGCCAGAUUGUCGCCGGUGUUCGGCUCUGAAGAUGGACGUCUCGUUCCGAAAGGGUGGACGCUGGAUGAUGACGCUAAAGCACAUCGACAAACUAUUUUCGAUCCCCUUGCCGGGGCAUGUGCCUGCGCCCAGCGCUGGUACUGAACUUUCACAAAUCCGCGAGCAUCACUCGAUGAAGAUUGUCACAAACACACACAGGAUGGGUGAUGAUCCAUUAAACGCGAUGAACUGUUCGCAGCGUGAUGCGCACGGGAGUUUAAAGGUAGUCAAAGCCCCUGAAUUUAAGACCACUCUAGCGACUCAGGCAGAACAAUGGGAGUCCCAACUUGGUCAAAUUCGAAUCUGGAGACCAUUCUAUCGCUUAUUAGAUUUUGUCACUGAACGGGAUCGAAAACGAACGAUUUCCAUCUGA